GCUUCUCCUUUUCUCCUAAACUCGGCGAAAAGGAAACCGAAAGGUGAACCAGGAAGCCAUGAAACCCGACCGCGAAUCCAGCGGCGGCGACGGCGGUGGCCAGACGGUGGCGGAGAACUGGCUGGGCAUCGCGGAGGAGCUCCUCGACUUGCGGGACCUCGUAGGUACCAAGCGGUUCGCGGAGCGCGCCCUCGAGUCCGACCCCCUCGUCGACGGCGCCGACGAGGUCCUUGCGAUCGCCAACGUCCUCCUCGCCUCCCAGCGCCGCCUCAACAACCAAUGUCACUGGUACGCCGUGCUCCAGCUCGACUCCUCCACCCCCGCCGGCCGCGACCCCGCCGCCGUCCGUCGCCAGUACCGCCGCCUCGCUCUCCUCCUCUGCCCCGACCGGAACCGCCACCGCGGCGCCUCAGAUGCCUCUAAGCUCGUCGAGGACGCGUGGUCCGUCCUUUCCGACCCUUCAAAGAAGGCUCUUUUCGAUCUCGAGCUCGACAUCGCCAUCGCCCAUGGCGAGCCUCCUCCAUCCUCGUCCGCCACCCCUACCUCCGCCUCUCCUUCGCCGCCAAGGCCCGACCCGACGUUUUGGACCGCCUGCCCCUCCUGCUGCCACGUGCACCAGUACGACCGCGCCUAUGAGGGCCGCAACCUUCGGUGUCCGAAAUGCCGGCAGGCCUUCCGCGCCACCGCGCUGGCGGCGCCGCCGCCCAUCGUGCCUGGCACCGAGAUGUACUACUGCUCCUGGGGCUUCUUCCCGCUGGGAUUCCCUGGUGGGCCCAGCUUCAGCGGUGUCUCAGCUUCGGUUGGCAUGCCGAGCUUCAGCUCCGAGUGGAAGCCCUUCUAUCCAAUGUUCCCGAGUGCUUCCCACCAAUCUCAGCAGCCACCUGUUCAGAGAAAUGCGCCAAUGAACACUCCAGAUUCACCGGCUGGUAGUUCGCUGGGGAAUGCACCAGAAAAGGCGACACCUUUGACAAUGAAAACACCAGAAACGGUGACUUCUUUGGGCUCAAACAGGAAGGUGGUGGCGAAAAAGUCAGUUGGGAGCAGUCUGAGAAAGAGGGCUCUGGUUUCAGAGGCUGCCAAAAGGAGUUUGGAGGGGACUGCAGCGAGGCCGGUGAUUAUAGAUAUAAAUGAAGAUGGUGAGAACUGAAAUGGUGACUGGGUUCGAAGAGAUGUCGUAAAUGAAUAGUUUGUGAUGUGGAGCUGGGUGCUGCCGGUGACCUUUUGGCAAACCAGAUGAGCUUCUCCUUCCUGAAGGGCUGAGAGGUCCAGCUUCAGAUUUUGUUGUAGUUUUGAUAAGACGAUUCUAAAUUUAUGGGCUAGAUGUAUUUUGAACGUUUUUAAGUUAUCAAGUCGGCAUCGCAAUCGCAAAAUACAGCUUGAAUGCAUGCAUUUUGUGAUGGUGAAAGUCCCUUUUGGUUACCAGGA